AUGGUAUCAUGUAGUUCUCCUGGAAGCAGUCCUUUGCCAAGUAGCUUGAGUAGUAUUCCACAUGUAUCUAGUUCAGUCAGUGAAUGUUCAUUUACUAAAUCUCAUCCUAGUAUUUCUAUUCCAAGUUCAAUGAGUCUCAGUAAAUCCUGCAGUGCAAUGAUAUCAAGUAGCUGUUCAGGCAGUGAGAGUAAUAUUGUUUCCAGCAGCUCUGAAUCAAGUAGCCAUAGCAGUUUGAGUUAUGUUAUUUCAGUUUCAAGAAGUAGUUCAUGUUCCAGCAGUAUCAGUGCUUCUAGUAGUAAAUCGAUAUCAAGCAGCCAACACAGUUCAAGCUUUACAAGCUCUAUCAGUCCAAGUAGUUCAAGCAGCAUAAUGGAAUCACGUAGUUCUGGAAUUACAAGUAGUAUUGUUUCAAGCAGUUCUUUGUCGAGUAGCUUGAGCAUUGUUCAAAACAUAUCUAGCUCAGUCAGUGAAUGUUCACUAAGAGAAGUGAGCUCAUCUUCAAGUAGUUCCAUUUAUUCAUCAUGUAUACCAAGUAGUCUUGUUUCAAGAAGUUCCAGUUGUGUUAGUCCAUCUUCAAGAAUUGAAAGUAGCUCCUUUUCAAGCAGUAAAUCUCUUCCCAGCAGUUCUAUAUCAAGCUUAAUAAGUCUCAGUAUAUCAUGUAGUGCACUGAUAUCAAGUAGCUUUACAGGCAGUGGAAGUAAUAUUGCUUCCAGCAGCUCUGAGUCAAGUAGCCAGAGCAGUUUGAGUUCUGUUAUAUCAGAUUCAAGAAGUGAAAUUGGAUCAAGUAGUUCAUGUUCAAGCAGUAUUCGUAAAUCCAUAUCAAGCAGCCAUGGCAGUCCAAGCAUUACAAGCUCAAGCAGCAUAAUGGUAUCAUGUAGUUCUCCCGGAAGCAGUCCUUUGCCAAGUAGCUUGAGUAGUAUUCCACAUGUAUCUAGUUCAGUCAGUGAAUGUUCAUUUACUAAAUCUCAUCCUAGUAUUUCUAUUCCAAGUUCAAUGAGUCUCAGUAAAUCCUGCAGUGCAAUGAUAUCAAGUAGCUGUUCAGGCAGUGAGAGUAAUAUUGUUUCCAGCAGCUCUGAAUCAAGUAGCCAUAGCAGUUUGAGUUCUGUUAUUUCAGUUUCAAGAAGUAGUUCAUGUUCCAGCAGUAUCAGUGCUUCUAGUAGUAAAUCGAUAUCAAGCAGCCAACAGAGUUCAAGCUUUACAAGCUCUAUCAGUCCAAGUAGUUCAAGCAGCAUAAUGGAAUCACGUAGUUCUGGAAUUACAAGUAGUAUUGUUUCAAGCAGUUCUUUGUCGAGUAGCUUGAGCAUUGUUCAAAACAUAUCUAGCUCAGUCAGUGAAUGUUCACUAAGAGAAGAGAGCUCAUCUUCAAGUAGUUCCAUUUAUUCAUCAUGUAUACCAAGUAGUCUUGUUUUAAGAAGUUCCAGUUGUGUUAGUCCAUCUUCAAGAAUUGAAAGUAGCUCCUUUUCAAGCAGUAAAUCUCUUCCCAGCAGUUCUAUAUCAAGCUUAAUAAGUCUCAGUAUAUCAUGUAGUGCACUGAUAUCAAGUAGCUUUACAGGCAGUGGAAGUAAUAUUGCUUCCAGCAGCUCUGAGUCAAGUAGCCAGAGCAGUUUGAGUUCUGUUAUAUCAGAUUCAAGAAGUGAAAUUGGAUCAAGUAGUUCAUGUUCAAGCAGUAUUCGUAAAUCCAUAUCAAGCAGCCAUGGCAGUCCAAGCAUUACAAGCUCAAGCAGCAUAAUGGUAUCAUGUAGUUCUCCCGGAAGCAGUCCUUUGCCAAGUAGCUUGAGUAGUAUUCCACAUGUAUCUAGUUCAGUCAGUGAAUGUUCAUUUACUAAAUCUCAUCCUAGUAUUUCUAUUCCAAGUUCAAUGAGUCUCAGUAAAUCCUGCAGUGCAAUGAUAUCAAGUAGCUGUUCAGGCAGUGAGAGUAAUAUUGUUUCCAGCAGCUCUGAAUCAAGUAGCCAUAGCAGUUUGAGUUCUGUUAUUUCAGUUUCAAGAAGUAGUUCAUGUUCCAGCAGUAUCAGUGCUUCUAGUAGUAAAUCGAUAUCAAGCAGCCAACACAGUUCAAGCUUUACAAGCUCUAUCAGUCCAAGUAGUUCAAGCAGCAUAAUGGAAUCACGUAGUUCUGGAAUUACAAGUAGUAUUGUUUCAAGCAGUUCUUUGUCGAGUAGCUUGAGCAUUGUUCAAAACAUAUCUAGCUCAGUCAGUGAAUGUUCACUAAGAGAAGUGAGCUCAUCUUCAAGUAGUUCCAUUUAUUCAUCAUGUAUACCAAGUAGUCUUGUUUCAAGAAGUUCCAGUUGUGUUAGUCCAUCUUCAAGAAUUGAAAGUAGCUCCUUUUCAAGCAGUAAAUCUCUUCCCAGCAGUUCUAUAUCAAGCUUAAUAAGUCUCAGUAUAUCAUGUAGUGCACUGAUAUCAAGUAGCUUUACAGGCAGUGGAAGUAAUAUUGCUUCCAGCAGCUCUGAGUCAAGUAGCCAGAGCAGUUUGAGUUCUGUUAUAUCAGAUUCAAGAAGUGAAAUUGGAUCAAGUAGUUCAUGUUCAAGCAGUAUUCGUAAAUCCAUAUCAAGCAGCCAUGGCAGUCCAAGCAUUACAAGCUCAAGCAGCAUAAUGGUAUCAUGUAGUUCUCCCGGAAGCAGUCCUUUGCCAAGUAGCUUGAGUAGUAUUCCACAUGUAUCUAGUUCAGUCAGUGAAUGUUCAUUUACUAAAUCUCAUCCUAGUAUUUCUAUUCCAAGUUCAAUGAGUCUCAGUAAAUCCUGCAGUGCAAUGAUAUCAAGUAGCUGUUCAGGCAGUGAGAGUAAUAUUGUUUCCAGCAGCUCUGAAUCAAGUAGCCAUAGCAGUUUGAGUUCUGUUAUUUCAGUUUCAAGAAGUAGUUCAUGUUCCAGCAGUAUCAGUGCUUCUAGUAGUAAAUCGAUAUCAAGCAGCCAACACAGUUCAAGCUUUACAAGCUCUAUCAGUCCAAGUAGUUCAAGCAGCAUAAUGGAAUCACGUAGUUCUGGAAUUACAAGUAGUAUUGUUUCAAGCAGUUCUUUGUCGAGUAGCUUGAGCAUUGUUCAAAACAUAUCUAGCUCAGUCAGUGAAUGUUCACUAAGAGAAAAGAGCUCAUCUUCAAGUAGUUCCAUUUAUUCAUCAUGUAUACCAAGUAGUCUUGUUUUAAGAAGUUCCAGUUGUGUUAGUCCAUCUUCAAGAAUUGAAAGUAGCUCCUUUUCAAGCAGUAAAUCUCUUCCCAGCAGUUCUAUAUCAAGCUUAAUAAGUCUCAGUAUAUCAUGUAGUGCACUGAUAUCAAGUAGCUUUACAGGCAGUGGAAGUAAUAUUGCUUCCAGCAGCUCUGAGUCAAGUAGCCAGAGCAGUUUGAGUUCUGUUAUAUCAGAUUCAAGAAGUGAAAUUGGAUCAAGUAGUUCAUGUUCAAGCAGUAUUCGUAAAUCCAUAUCAAGCAGCCAUGGCAGUCCAAGCAUUACAAGCUCAAGCAGCAUAAUGGUAUCAUGUAGUUCUCCCGGAAGCAGUCCUUUGCCAAGUAGCUUGAGUAGUAUUCCACAUGUAUCUAGUUCAGUCAGUGAAUGUUCAUUUACUAAAUCUCAUCCUAGUAUUUCUAUUCCAAGUUCAAUGAGUCUCAGUAAAUCCUGCAGUGCAAUGAUAUCAAGUAGCUGUUCAGGCAGUGAGAGUAAUAUUGUUUCCAGCAGCUCUGAAUCAAGUAGCCAUAGCAGUUUGAGUUCUGUUAUUUCAGUUUCAAGAAGUAGUUCAUGUUCCAGCAGUAUCAGUGCUUCUAGUAGUAAAUCGAUAUCAAGCAGCCAACACAGUUCAAGCUUUAUAAGCUCUAUCAGUCCAAGUAGUUCAAGCAGCACAAUGGAAUCACGUAGUUCUGGAAUUACAAGUAGUAUUGUUUCAAGCAGUUCUUUGUCGAGUAGCUUGAGCAUUGUUCAAAACAUAUCUAGCUCAGUCAGUGAAUGUUCACUAAGAGAAGUGAGCUCAUCUUCAAGUAGUUCCAUUUAUUCAUCAUGUAUACCAAGUAGUCUUGUUUCAAGAAGUUCCAGUUGUGUUAGUCCAUCUUCAAGAAUUGAAAGUAGCUCCUUUUCAAGCAGUAAAUCUCUUCCCAGCAGUUCUAUAUCAAGCUUAAUAAGUCUCAGUAUAUCAUGUAGUGCACUGAUAUCAAGUAGCUUUACAGGCAGUGGAAGUAAUAUUGCUUCCAGCAGCUCUACGUCAAGUAGCCAGAGCAGUUUGAGUUCUGUUAUAUCAGAUUCAAGAAGUGAAAUUGGAUCAAAUAGUUCAUGUUCAAGCAGUAUUCGUAAAUCCAUAUCAAGCAGCCAUGGCAGUCCAAGCAUUACAAGCUCAAGCAGCAUAAUGGUAUCAUGUAGUUCUCCCGGAAGCAGUCCUUUGCCAAGUAGCUUGAGUAGUAUUCCACAUGUAUCUAGUUCAGUCAGUGAAUGUUCAUUUACUAAAUCUCAUCCUAGUAUUUCUAUUCCAAGUUCAAUGAGUCUCAGUAAAUCCUGCAGUGCAAUGAUAUCAAGUAGCUGUUCAGGCAGUGAGAGUAAUAUUGUUUCCAGCAGCUCUGAAUCAAGUAGCCAGAGCAGUUUGAGUUCUGUUAUUUCAGUUUCAAGAAGUAGUUCAUGUUCCAGCAGUAUCAGUGCUUCUAGUAGUAAAUCGAUAUCAAGCAGCCAACACACUUCAAGCUUUACAAGCUCUAUCAGUCCAAGUAGUUCAAGCAGCAUAAUGGAAUCACGUAGUUCUGGAAUUACAAGUAGUAUUGUUUCAAGCAGUUCUUUGUCGAGUAGCUUGAGCAUUGUUCAAAACAUAUCUAGCUCAGUCAGUGAAUGUUCAUUAAGAGAAAAGAGCUCAUCUUCAAGUAGUUCCAUUUAUUCAUCAUGUAUACCAAGUAGUCUUGUUUUAAGAAGUUCCAGUUGUGUUAGUCCAUCUUCAAGAAUUGAAAGUAGCUCCUUUUCAAGCAGUAAAUCUCUUCCCAGCAGUUCUAUAUCAAGCUUAAUAAGUCUCAGUAUAUCAUGUAGUGCACUGAUAUCAAGUAGCUGUACAGGCAGUGGAAGUAAUAUUGCUUCCAGUAGCUCUGAGUCAAGUAGCCAGAGCAGUUUGAGUUCUGUUAUAUCAGAUUCAAGAAGUGAAAUAGGAUCAAGUAGUUCAUGUUCAAGCAGUAUUCGUAAAUCCAUAUCAAGCAGCCAUGGCAGUCCAAGCAUUACAAGCUCAAGCAGCAUAAUGGUAUCAUGUAGUUAUCCUGGAAGCAGUCCUUUGCCAAGUAGCUUGAGUAGUAUUCCAUAUGUAUCUAGUUCAGUCAGUGAAUGUUCAUUUACUAAAUCUCAUCCUAGUAUUUCUAUUCCAAGUUCAAUGAGUCUCAGUAUAUCCUGCAGUGCAAUGAUAUCAAGUAGCUGUUCAGGCAGUGAGAGUAAUAUUGUUUCCAGCAGCUCUGAAUCAAGUAGCCAUAGCAGUUUGAGUUCUGUUAUUUCAGUUUCAAGAAGUAGUUCAUGUUCCAGCAGUAUCAGUGCUUCUAGUAGUAAAUCGAUAUCAAGCAGCCAACACAGUUCAAGCUUUACAAGCUCUAUCAGUCCAAGUAGUUCAAGCAGCACAAUGGAAUCACGUAGUUCUGGAAUUACAAGUAGUCUUGUUUCAAGCAGUUCUUUGUCGAGUAGCUUGAGCAUUGUUCAAAACAUAUCUAGCUCAGUCAGUGAAUGUUCACUAAGAGAAGUGAGCUCAUCUUCAAGUAGUUCCAUUUAUUCAUCAUGUAUACCAAGUAGUCUUGUUUCAAGAAGUUCCAGUUGUGUUAGUCCAUCUUCAAGAAUUGAAAGUAGCUCCUUUUCAAGCAGUAAAUCUCUUCCCAGCAGUUCUAUAUCAAGCUUAAUAAGUCUCAGUAUAUCAUGUAGUGCACUGAUAUCAAGUAGCUUUACAGGCAGUGGAAGUAAUAUUGCUUCCAGCAGCUCUGAGUCAAGUAGCCAGAGCAGUUUGAGUUCUGUUAUAUCAGAUUCAAGAAGUGAAAUUGGAUCAAGUAGUUCAUGUUCAAGCAGUAUUCGUAAAUCCAUAUCAAGCAGCCAUGGCAGUCCAAGCAUUACAAGCUCAAGCAGCAUAAUGGUAUCAUGUAGUUCUCCCGGAAGCAGUCCUUUGCCAAGUAGCUUGAGUAGUAUUCCACAUGUAUCUAGUUCAGUCAGUGAAUGUUCAUUUACUAAAUCUCAUCCUAGUAUUUCUAUUCCAAGUUCAAUGAGUCUCAGUAAAUCCUGCAGUGCAAUGAUAUCAAGUAGCUGUUCAGGCAGUGAGAGUAAUAUUGUUUCCAGCAGCUCUGAAUCAAGUAGCCAUAGCAGUUUGAGUUCUGUUAUUUCAGUUUCAAGAAGUAGUUCAUGUUCCAGCAGUAUCAGUGCUUCUAGUAGUAAAUCGAUAUCAAGCAGCCAACACAGUUCAAGCUUUACAAGCUCUAUCAGUCCAAGUAGUUCAAGCAGCAUAAUGGAAUCACGUAGUUCUGGAAUUACAAGUAGUAUUGUUUCAAGCAGUUCUUUGUCGAGUAGCUUGAGCAUUGUUCAAAACAUAUCUAGCUCAGUCAGUGAAUGUUCACUAAGAGAAAAGAGCUCAUCUUCAAGUAGUUCCAUUUAUUCAUCAUGUAUACCAAGUAGUCUUGUUUUAAGAAGUUCCAGUUGUGUUAGUCCAUCUUCAAGAAUUGAAAGUAGCUCCUUUUCAAGCAGUAAAUCUCUUCCCAGCAGUUCUAUAUCAAGCUUAAUAAGUCUCAGUAUAUCAUGUAGUGCACUGAUAUCAAGUAGCUUUACAGGCAGUGGAAGUAAUAUUGCUUCCAGCAGCUCUGAGUCAAGUAGCCAGAGCAGUUUGAGUUCUGUUAUAUCAGAUUCAAGAAGUGAAAUUGGAUCAAGUAGUUCAUGUUCAAGCAGUAUUCGUAAAUCCAUAUCAAGCAGCCAUGGCAGUCCAAGCAUUACAAGCUCAAGCAGCAUAAUGGUAUCAUGUAGUUCUCCCGGAAGCAGUCCUUUGCCAAGUAGCUUGAGUAGUAUUCCACAUGUAUCUAGUUCAGUCAGUGAAUGUUCAUUUACUAAAUCUCAUCCUAGUAUUUCUAUUCCAAGUUCAAUGAGUCUCAGUAAAUCCUGCAGUGCAAUGAUAUCAAGUAGCUGUUCAGGCAGUGAGAGUAAUAUUGUUUCCAGCAGCUCUGAAUCAAGUAGCCAUAGCAGUUUGAGUUCUGUUAUUUCAGUUUCAAGAAGUAGUUCAUGUUCCAGCAGUAUCAGUGCUUCUAGUAGUAAAUCGAUAUCAAGCAGCCAACACAGUUCAAGCUUUAUAAGCUCUAUCAGUCCAAGUAGUUCAAGCAGCACAAUGGAAUCACGUAGUUCUGGAAUUACAAGUAGUAUUGUUUCAAGCAGUUCUUUGUCGAGUAGCUUGAGCAUUGUUCAAAACAUAUCUAGCUCAGUCAGUGAAUGUUCACUAAGAGAAGUGAGCUCAUCUUCAAGUAGUUCCAUUUAUUCAUCAUGUAUACCAAGUAGUCUUGUUUCAAGAAGUUCCAGUUGUGUUAGUCCAUCUUCAAGAAUUGAAAGUAGCUCCUUUUCAAGCAGUAAAUCUCUUCCCAGCAGUUCUAUAUCAAGCUUAAUAAGUCUCAGUAUAUCAUGUAGUGCACUGAUAUCAAGUAGCUUUACAGGCAGUGGAAGUAAUAUUGCUUCCAGCAGCUCUGAGUCAAGUAGCCAGAGCAGUUUGAGUUCUGUUAUAUCAGAUUCAAGAAGUGAAAUUGGAUCAAGUAGUUCAUGUUCAAGCAGUAUUCGUAAAUCCAUAUCAAGCAGCCAUGGCAGUCCAAGCAUUACAAGCUCAAGCAGCAUAAUGGUAUCAUGUAGUUCUCCCGGAAGCAGUCCUUUGCCAAGUAGCUUGAGUAGUAUUCCACAUGUAUCUAGUUCAGUCAGUGAAUGUUCAUUUACUAAAUCUCAUCCUAGUAUUUCUAUUCCAAGUUCAAUGAGUCUCAGUAAAUCCUGCAGUGCAAUGAUAUCAAGUAGCUGUUCAGGCAGUGAGAGUAAUAUUGUUUCCAGCAGCUCUGAAUCAAGUAGCCAUAGCAGUUUGAGUUCUGUUAUUUCAGUUUCAAGAAGUAGUUCAUGUUCCAGCAGUAUCAGUGCUUCUAGUAGUAAAUCGAUAUCAAGCAGCCAACACAGUUCAAGCUUUACAAGCUCUAUCAGUCCAAGUAGUUCAAGCAGCAUAAUGGAAUCACGUAGUUCUGGAAUUACAAGUAGUAUUGUUUCAAGCAGUUCUUUGUCGAGUAGCUUGAGCAUUGUUCAAAACAUAUCUAGCUCAGUCAGUGAAUGUUCACUAAGAGAA